UAAAUCCCCUCUCCUGUGUCACCAGCGUUUUCAUAACCUUUGCAUUGAGAGUACGGGAAAGAUGGAGCGAUCUCUGCUCGUAGCUCUUCUGUGUGUGUGGGCCCUCAGCAGCCUGUCUGCAGCAUCAGAAGAUGCAGCGGAGCUGUGCCCAGAGAGAGUAUUGGGUAACGAGAGAAGACAGACAUGCCCAAAAAAGUGUCAGCAAGAUAAAGACUGUGGCAACAAACGCCAGUGUCUCUGCGAUGGCCAGUGUGGACUCAGCUGUGUGGUCCCAGGUCGUAUGUGUCCGUGGCCUCUCCCGUCUGGAAAACAUUCUGAUACAGUUCUCCUUUCCCCUUCACCCUCCUUCUCUGCUCUGCUUGAGGUUCGUUGUAAGUCUGGGUACACCAUGUCUAACGGGCUGGAUGCUACAAUACGCCGCUGCCAAGGUGACCGGCAGUGGAGUGGAGAUGAGCCUGUUUGUACAGCCUCCCCAGGUGGAGGUCUUUCAGCAGAGCCGGGUCUGGUGCCUGAGGUGUCCUGUUCAUUGCCUGAUGAUGAUGAUCUGCUCUCUGUGCAGGGCAGUGCCACCACGGGAUCCACCAUCAAGUACCAAUGUGCAUCUGGAUCUGUGCUGAUUGGAAAUAGUGAGAAUAUCUGUCAUGAGAACCAGACGUGGCAAUACCCUCACCCCAUCUGUCGCCGUGUGGUUUGUCCUCCUCCUAAGGAGGUUGUUGAUCGUGGACACCUGGUGGCCGUCCAGAGAACUGAAUAUAAUGUUGGUGACACUAUCUAUUACCUGUGCAAAAAGACCUUCUUGUUGGAUGGACCAAAUCAAGUGACUUGUCUACCUAAUGGGACAUGGAGUGCAGAGCCUGCUUGUAGAGCCCGCUGCCCAGUUCCAGCUCAGCGCAGCAGGGUGAUCGUGGGAGGAGUAAAGCGCUGGCCAUAUGAUCUGACGGAUGGUGUGGUUGCUCAUGGAGAGAAUGUGACAUUUUUCUGUAAACAUCCAGAAAAACUGUGCAGCUUUACUGCCACUGAGGUCUGCGUAGAUGGGGAGCUAAAGGCACCUAGCUGCUACCUUGACCCUACCUGGCUGCAGUUCAAGCUUUACCCUCAUCGACUGGUUUCUGAGAUUGACGCAUGUGAUCCUGCUGAUCUUCAGUGAUCUCAUCAAAACAUUUUCAUCUUGGCACAUAAAUCUCAAUCUGACUGAAGUCUGGAUCAACAUAAAUUGUCUUAAUGUGCCAACUACUUUUUGAUUUUCUGGACCGGAUCUCAGCAGGAUCUCACAGUUAUGCCUUAUCUAACGCUCAUGUUUUCUAUUUGAUAUUUUUCUAUUGUUGCUUUGACAAAGUUACCUUAAACAGAGUUUGUGUCAUAUCUGAUGUAUGCAAACACCCUCUCACUUGCUGGAGGUUGUGGAUGCUAUUAGUUGCUCCCUUGUUAUGUUGUCGUACAAAGUGUAAAACUGCUUUAGAAUUAACUCAGACGUGUAUCUUAUUAUACUAUUUCUUUGUUAAAAAGUGUUUUCUGCUAGUUGGUACAUUCAUCUGUCACAUAAUCAGGAAAGUCCUUUCAGGCUCUGAAAUCAUGCCAUGUUGUGAUUCUCUCUAGAUUUACUUCAUUCCAAAAGCAGUUUUAUGAAAUAUAUAGCAUUAACUGAACUUUGACUGAACUGUUUGACUGGAUUACAUGAAGAGUAGAGUAGACCUGUGUGUAUUAUAGCAUAAAAAGCCUUGCUGAAGCAGCUUUGCUGAAUGAUUGCUUUCAUAAGGACUCUUUGAAUGUAUUUUCCUCUCUAUAUACUAUGAUUCUACAAUAAAGAAACUGGAAAAUG